GACACAGUGGCAAAGUGAUGAUGUUUGCGGCGAAUGGGGGGUGAGAAAAACGCACAAAGUCAGAGCAGAAAGCAGAGUGGGAGAGAAGUCGUUUAUUGCCUUCGCCAACGCACAGUUCAAAGUUAGUGGAAAUAUACAUAGAAAUAUAUAUAAAUAUAUAUGCAUAUAUAUUUAUAUAUAUAAAUACAUAUACCCGUUGCAUAUCCCUGCCCAAAAUCACACAAAGCAGCAGCAACAACAACAAUAGCAGCUACAACAACAAUAACAGCUACAAAUUGACCAUGAACAACGGAUUCAGCACCGGCGAGGAGGACUCGCGCGGUGGCCUCACGGACCAAACAUGCUGCCUGAUCGACGACAUGGAAAGGUGCCGAAAUCAGGCCGGCUACGCCAGCUACAGCAAACGGAUACAGAAGACGGUGGCCCAGAAGCGCCUCAAGCUGAGCAGCGAUCCCAGUGCGCAGCACAUUUACAUCUGCGACUAUCACAAGGAGCGCAUCCAAUCGGUGCGAACGAAGCGACGACGCAAGGACAGCGAGGACGAUAGCAACGAAACGGACACCGAUUUACCAAACUUUCCCGAUCUCUAUCAGCUGAAUCUGUCCGCGCUGCGUCGCUACAAGCGCCACUUCAAGGUGCAGACGCGGCAGGGCAUGAAGCGGGCCCAAUUAGCGGAUACCAUCAUGAAACACUUCAAGACAAUACCCAUCAAGGAGGAGUCGGAGAUCAUUACGUACUUUGUGUAUAUGGUUAAAAUGGGAUCCAAUAAAUUGGAUCAGAAGAAUGGCAUUGGCAAUGAUACCACCUGAACGCAACUCUGUCGGCUGCCGCGGUAUCGCUAUCGCCCUCGUUAUCGUUAUCGCUAUCGUUAUUAACGCCGGCUGCUGAAUAACAGCGCUAGCUAUCCCACUCACACUCCCACUCACAGACACACAGACACAAGCUAUGCGUACAGUGAAAUCGAAUUAGGCGCAAUUGUUAUUAAAACUAGGUUUUCCUUUUUUUGCGCAUCAUUAUGAUUAAUAUUAUUAUUAUUGCGAAGAGUAUUUUUUCAAAUUUUUUUUUCCAAAAUAUAAUUACUUUUAUACACAGAAGUGUUUGGCAUGAGAUUUAUGCCGCCCAGGGCCGGCCCUGUUUAUUGAGUAGGAAAAAUGCCACAUUAUUUGGAUAAUUUAGAGCAAAGUAAAAAAUUUCAAUUUUUAUAAUGAACUUUCAAACGAUUUUUCAAAAUUAUGCUUUAAGUUAAAAUCAAUAUGCAAUUAUUUUGCGACCCUUUAGCUUCACUGUACUUCGUUAGCUGCGCCUGACCCAAAUAUCCCCUGCCUAAGCACUGAUACACACAUACACACACACAGGAACAACAAAACACUGCUGGUGCUCCCAAAAUAGUAUAAACGGAAACUGUUGCAAUGGAAAAAACAAAAGAAAAAACAUUGAAUAGUAAUAGUAGCGUUUGUUGUUAAUAGCUCAUUAUACAGAAAGAAAAGAAAAUCAUACAAAUUUUACAUAGUUGUUAAUGCUAUGUAUAUAUGCAUAUGUAUAUAGAUAUAUAUAUAUAUAUGAAGGAUGACCCAGUUUUGGGGCCAAACGCAACUAAUACAUUUACCUAAGCCUUUCAUUACAUGCUGUUUGUCAACAAUUUAGCCAAAAGCAAUCAAAUAAAAUUCUAAAUCUGCCAACGUGAAAUGUAAAUGAAUAAUAAGAACCACAAUCAAGUACUUCAGAACAUUCUACGUAAAAAUUACAAAAUUGUAAAGAAAAGAAAAAAAAAAAAAAAAUCGAAGAGAAAAGCUAAGCAGAAUACCUGUUUAUUAAUAUACAAUUAUUAAAAUAAUUAUAACUAAAUUGUAAAUGUAAUUUUAACAUAUUGAAUUUUAA